CGGAGGCUGUACCUGACUGCUGCUUGGAGGGAACCCUGGCUGAGUCCAGGGAGGAGGAGCCAGAGGCGGGGACGAUUGGAAGCAGCCACCUCAGCGAAGCUGCAGGAUUUCCGCAGGGCGGGAGCUGUUUAUCUCCCGGAAGAAAACGGCUCCUGUCACAGAAGUCUCGUGAUUGCUCUGGUAGCUUUGCUUAGACACUUGAAACUACAGAAGAAAGAAGGAUCUAGCGAAAUAUGGCUACAGAGAGCCCUGCUACGCGUCGGGUCCAGGUGGCAGAACAUCCCAGGUUACUGAAGCUAAAGGAGAUGUUUAACUCCAAGUUUGGAUCUAUUCCCAAGUUUUAUGUUCGAGCACCAGGAAGAGUCAACAUAAUAGGAGAGCAUAUAGAUUAUUGUGGAUAUUCUGUUCUUCCUAUGGCUGUAGAACAAGAUGUGCUAAUAGCUGUAGAACCUGUGAAAACAUACACUCUCCAACUGGCCAAUACAAAUCCCUUGUAUCCGGACUUCAGUACUAGUGCUAAUAACAUCCAGAUUGAUAAAACCAAGCCUUUGUGGCAUAACUAUUUCUUAUGUGGAGUUAAAGGAAUUCAGGAACACUUUGGUCUUAGUAACCUGACUGGAAUGAAUUGCCUGGUAGAUGGAAAUAUCCCACCAAGUUCUGGCCUCUCCAGCUCCAGUGCUUUGGUCUGUUGUGCUGGCUUGGUGACGCUCACAGUGCUGGGAAGGAAUCUAUCCAAGGUGGAACUUGCAGAAAUCUGUGCCAAGAGUGAGCGUUACAUUGGCACUGAAGGAGGAGGCAUGGACCAGUCUAUAUCAUUUCUUGCAGAAGAAGGAACUGCCAAGUUGAUAGAAUUUAGUCCUCUGAGGGCAACUGAUGUAAAACUCCCAAGUGGAGCAGUGUUUGUGAUUGCCAACAGUUGUGUGGAGAUGAAUAAGGCAGCAACUUCCCAUUUCAAUAUCAGGGUGAUGGAGUGUCGGCUGGCUGCGAAGCUCCUGGCUAAAUACAAAAGCUUGCAAUGGGACGAAGUACUGAGGCUGGAGGAGGUGCAGGCUAAACUAGGGAUUAGUCUAGAAGAAAUGCUGUUGGUCACAGAAGAUGCCCUUCAUCCUGAACCCUAUAACCCUGAGGAGAUCUGCAGGUGUCUGGAAAUUAGCCUGGAGGAACUCCGAACCCAAAUCCUGAGUCCAAACACUCAAGAUGUGCUCAUCUUCAAACUCUAUCAGCGGGCAAAGCAUGUGUACAGUGAGGCUGCGCGAGUGCUCCAGUUUAAGAAGAUAUGUGAAGAAGCACCUGAAGACAUGGUCCAGCUGCUGGGCGAGUUGAUGAACCAGAGCCACAUGAGCUGCCGGGACAUGUAUGAGUGCAGCUGCCCUGAGCUGGACCAGCUGGUGGACAUCUGUCGGAAGUUUGGGGCUCAAGGGUCACGACUUACUGGAGCAGGAUGGGGAGGCUGCACAGUAUCAAUAGUACCUGCGGACAAGCUGCCCAGCUUCCUAGCAAAUGUGCACAAAGCUUAUUACCAGGGGAGUGAUGGGAGCUUAGCGCCGGAGAAGCAAAGUUUGUUUGCUACCAAACCUGGAGGCGGGGCUUUGGUUUUCCUUGAGGCCUGAAAAAAUGUAAAAAGUCUCAGAGAAACUAUUUAGGGCACUUAGGAAUUGGCAGGACUUUCUAUGCCACAGUAAAUUAAUCUUCCUUCUGUUUUGUAUUAUGAUGAAUGGUUGCUAUUAUAUCAAGAUAUAUUUUCAAAGAAAUGGUUGAAAGCUCUCUAUGCUUCAUAAUGAUUAUUUUUCCAUCUUAAAAUAUGGUUUUACUAUUAGAGCCAAGAUCAUGCUUGGACAGAUCUUUUAAGAAUAAUUUACUGAGAUUUAUUGAUUUGAAGAUUUUAAAGAUGAAUGGUAAAAUACACUCUUAAUACUGAUUACAUGGAUUGGACUUGAAUUAAAUAUAUUGUUACAAUUAACUGACACCACUGAAUUGUA